UCAUCUGUUCAGAGUCUUUACCACUAGCCAAAAGUGGCAACCUGAAGCCCCAUCCACCCAUCUUCCAUACCACCCAUGGUACCACCCAUACCGUCGCAGGCAGGGCAUAAUCGCACACACAUUCACACACAAUCAGCCUACAGCGCCUGUCUUUGGGCCGUGGGAGGAAACCGGAGUUCCCGGAGGAAACCGCCGAAACCACAUGCCAAUCCCACACACAGAGCAACGCGCUGAUCACUAAACCACCGCCUGGAGCACCAGUACAAAACAAAACAAUCACUUCGUUCUGAUGUGUCUUAUUUAUAGCUAUGAACUAAUCAUUAUUGGUUAAGCACUAAAAGGUAAUUGUUAUAAUCAUUUAGCUGUGUUGGUGUUAGUUGCUUGACCGGACAGGCCAUAGCUAUAAUUCGUUGGAUUUGAGCGGCAUCUUGUGGACUUUUCAUGAAAUGGCGAGGCCUAAUUCUCCGUGUUGUUAGCACACAUGGAAUAAUGCCCGCUGUUAGCCUGGGUUUUAGCUAGAGCCAAUACAAAUCAAAUCACUAACAGUGCAUAUUAUCUCCUGUAUGCUGGCUGAGAGGCCCUAACCUAAAGAAGCUGCACUGUUGGGGGGGAACUGCAGGCAGAAUGAACUCGCUGUUUGUUUACGGAAUCUGCGAGCGCUGUAACUUUAUCCGCGUUUAAAUCCGCUGCAGUUUCCUGUAGUGUGACAGUCAGUGGAGUAUAAUGCUAGCUAAACGCUAGCGAGCGGCUAGGCUAAGGCCUCAGGAGUUCACCGAGGUUUCCUGAGACGUGUGUCCGUUCAUUGAGCGCGUGGUUUCGGCUUGAACAGUGUUUAAGCUCCGCUAAAUCUUCACAGCCAACUUAUGUGCUUUCAGAUCAGCCGACAUGUCAGGAAUUAAACGGAAACUGGAGGAUAAAGAUCCAGACUAUGAGGACAUCACCCAAGUGCAGGAGAGCAAGAGGAGCAAAGUACUUGAAGAGAAUGCACGUGAUGUCACAAUACAGAAGAUCGAAGUGAUCAUCAGAGACCAGUUUGCCCUGGAGAUGAAGAACAAAGAGCAUGAGAUUGAGGUUAUCGGCCAGCGUCUGAACGAGGCGAGGAGGAUGAUGGACAAGCUGAGAGCCUGCAUUGUGGCCAGUUACUACACUAAUGCUGGCCUUACCAAAGUUUCUGAGUCCUCAAUGAGUGAUUUGAAUCAUCCAGCUAUCAAGCGCUUCCUGGAGUCUCCGUCUCGCUCGUCGUCCCCUUUGAACCAGGGUUCCGAGGCACACUCUGUAGGCCACUCGGAGACAGAGUCCCUGAGCCAGCCAACAGAGCCAGGAGAGAGAGACACUCCGGGCUGGAAAGAGGAAGAAUUCAGGCCGCUGGAGCACAGACCAGGACGCAAUACAGGCAAGGACACAUUUGGUGUUCCAUCACCUGUAGACCAGCACAUCACAUUCCACACUACAGGAGAGGAGGCAUCACGACUCUAUGUGAAGAAAACCAUCGUUGUGGGCAACGUUUCAAAGUAUAUAGCUCCAGAUAAAAGAGAAGAGAAUGACCAGUCCACUCAUAAGUGGAUGGUGUAUGUCCGAGGUUCACGAAAAGAGCCCAGCAUCGACCACUUUGUGAAGAAGGUUUGGUUUUUCCUGCACCCCAGCUAUAAACCCAAUGACCUGGUGGAGGUCAGUGAACCCCCGUUUCACCUGACACGGCGGGGAUGGGGUGAGUUUCCUGUGCGUGUGCAGAUCCACUUUAAAGACCAGCGGAACAAACGUAUUGAUAUCAUCCAUAAUCUGAAGCUGGACAGGACAUACACAGGAUUGCAGACUCUCGGAGCAGAGACGGUGGUGGAUGUUGAGUUACACAGAAACUCCCUUGGUGAUGACUUCAUCCCCUUUCCUUCUUCUUUCUCCUCAUCAUCAUCUUCCUCCUCUCAUAUGGCAAGUGCAGCUGCCCCUGGCGUAUUGGCUGGAAAAUCUGCAAGUCAGAAUUCCCAGAAUUCCUGCCGUGCUGUGUCACCCUCUCAACUGUCUCCUGACUCUAGCUUAGAGAAAGGUGUGAAGAGCGAGUCUGGACGAUCGUCAUGUUCUGAGCGAAUUGGGUCACAAGCCAAAGGUGUAGAAAAAAUCACCCAGGGCUCUCAUAGCAGCUCAGCUUUUCAACCAAUUACAGCCAGCUGUAAGAUCAUGCCCCAGGGACAGGCACCCAGUCCUGCUGAGUCACCUGGGAAAUCCUUUCAGCCAAUCACCAUGAGCUGCAAGAUUGUAUCUGGUUCCCCUAUUUCCACCCCUAGUCACUCUCCCUUGUCUAGAACACCCACUUCCACCCCUGUACACAUGAAGACCAGCUCAUCUGUCAACAACCCUUACCUCAUCGCUGACAAGCAAGGUCAAGUGAUCAGCAUGACCACACCCACUACAGGAAGUCCGUCAGCCAAACAGAGUGGUGCUGCACAGGGUGCACGCUCGCCUGCCCCCAAAGUCCACUCAAGCAGCUUCCUCUCGUCUGGAGUCAAGGUGAUCAUUAAGCAGGAGCCAGGAGAAGUGACCACUCAGACAUCCACACAGCAGCAGGCCGGAAGCACAGCGCCGGCCCAGCCACAGCAGCAGUAUGUGACUGUGAAAGGAGGUCACAUGAUUGCUGUGUCACCUCAGAAGAGUGGGGUGGGGUCAGGAGGUGGAGCCACUCCUACCAAGAUGGUGGGGAUUCCAGUUGGCUCUGCCCUGCAGUCUGCAGUAAAGCAGGUGGCUAUCAGUAGUGGACAAAUCCUGGUUGCUAAGUCCAGCCCUGCUGGCUCCAAGGUAAUGGGACAGAAGCAGGUGGUGGCGCAGGGCGUGGCUAAGGCGAUUGUCAGUGGGGGCGGAACAGGUACCGGCAGUGGGGUGUCUGUACAGCAGGUGCACACCAGUGCCAAAUCAACAGGAGGAUCAGGAGGCAGUGGCAAGAGUGGAGUAAUGGCAACGCUGCAGUUGCCAGUGAAUAACUUGGCUAAUUUGGCCAACCUGCCUCCGGGCACCAAGCUGUACCUGACCACGAAUAGCAAGAACCCGUCAGGCAAGGGCAAACUGCUGCUCAUCCCCCAGGGAGCCAUCCUGAGAGCCUCAAAUAGUGCAGGGCACCAGUCUCAGAGUUCUUCAUCUGGUUCUGCUCAGUCAUCCAGCAGCAGCUCAGGAUCCACCAGCUUGUCCUGCACCUCUUACAUACUGAAACAGACCCCACAGGGCACAUUUCUGGUUGGCCAACCAGGGGGUUCUGGGAAACAGGGCACAGCCAGUUCCACUAGUCAUGCCGCAUCUAGUCCCACCUCCGUUACCCAGCAGGCCAUCCGGGUCACAGCAGGACAGAAGGCGGCCAUCUUGGCUCAGGUGGUUGGUGGCUCCCAGGGUUCUCAGGUAAAGCUGUCUGACGGAUCGGUGAAGACGGUGACAGCUGCACACUUGUCCAAACCAGGCAGUACCACUUUGAGGAUGACUGGGGGGAUCAUCACAGCCACUACUUCUAGUUCACCUGCUUCUACCUCCAGUUCUCAGCAGUCAGCAGAGGGAGCCGGAGUGUCCUCUGCUUCCUCAGGUACUAAAGCAGCUGCACAGCACCCUGUACUGAUGGCAGCCAAUCAGGCUGCAGUAAUCAGUGCUGCUAAGAGUGCUAGCUCAGCAGCUAACGUAGCAAAAAACACAGGCUCCGUUGUAACAGUGUCUAAAAGCAUCAACAUGCCGCUUAUCAGCCUGUCAAAGGGGGCAGGGACAGCGGUAGUGAGUGUGCCCAAGAGCUCCAGUCCCUCAUUGGUCAAUGCUGCAUCUCUAGUGGGAGGAGCUACAGUCAGUGGGAAGACAGCAGCUGCAAUUUCAGGCAUGUUAAAGCUACACUCUGGCCAGUCAGGGUCACAACCGACAGUGCUGACAAUUCCAGCUAACCAACUUAAGCAGCUCAGCAUGAGCGGAGCCUCCACAGGCCUCCAGACCAUCCUCAUGCCUGUGGGAAAAGUAGUGCAGUCUGGUUCUAAAGCUGCAUCCAAUGCUCAGAGUGGAGUUUCUCCUUCUACCACUGCACCUCUAACUCAAGUGAAGACAGAACCUGGAUUGUCCAGCUCCUGCACUACCCCAGUAAUGCCCACAUCUACCCCUUUAUCUACAGUAGCUACUCCCCUCCCCACAGCCACCUCUGCUACUGUUAAAGUGGAGCAAGGCACAGAGACCACUACACAUGAACUUGUUAAUACGGAACAUAUUGAGACCAUGUUGCAACUUUUGACGGCUGCAGUGAAGAAAUUUCCUUUGAUUGUCCCAGAGAAAACUGAAGACUCCAAUCCAUUCUGUGCUACCUCUGUGGAGCAGUACUAUUCCUGGAACAUCGGAAAACGCAGAGCCGCAGAGCUCCAGAGGGCAGUAGCAUUGAAGCGUCUGGUUCAGGAUAUUUUAGACCGGAACCCACGACUGCAGGCCCUCAGCCCUCCUAAAACCAGGGAAGUGGUGCAGUGGUGCCGCCUCCGUGGUUACACACCCCCUGACCCUGAACCCCAGCGCAUAGAGGAGGACUCCAUAGAAGACAUUCUCACACAGAUAGACAGUGAGCCAGAGUGUCCCUCUACUCUGACAGAUGGUGAGGAACUAUGCCAGCGUCUUGAGCAGUUGCAGAGGAUUCUGAAGACUGAGCCAGAAGAGGAAGACACCGAGCCUGUUGACAUUGUUGCUGUCAAAGAGGUCCACAGCAGCAGGGUCAAGGUCAAGCAGGAGCAGGAGGAGGCAGAGGAGGAGCCCAAAUACUUCUUAGGGUUAUGUCCCUCCUCCCAGUUUGUCAGAGACACAGCAGAGCAGAUUAGUGUGAGUUUCCAGCCAGUUGAAGUGGAGAGGAAUGUCUUUGCUCCAGUAGUGGAAGCCAUGAUUCUCAAGGCUACACAACAGUUUGCCAGCGAGAUACUGAGAGAAUCACUAGCAACUGCCUAUGGGAAGUCACCUCAAAACAGAGUUCCUAGAGAAAUCUCAGGCAUGAAUAUACACCAGGCUGUCAGCUCGAUACCCACCUGUGAUUUCCUCACUAACAGGUACAUGGGCUUCCUGCUGAAGGAUGGUGGCCAUGCAGACUGAAAGUAGAAUUGGACUGCCAGAGCUGCCACAAUAAACUCUCAUACACAUGCACAGAUUACUGGCAAGCCUUAUUUAACCUUUCAGCAAUGCAUAAGUACAAAACCUUCAGAGGCUGACCAUUCCAACACAGACGUCACGUUAAUAGCAGAGGUACAAACUGAAGAUGUGUUUGGAUGAAGAGAACCUGUCGUGUUGACCCUCAGAUGGUUUAACAUCAGAACUACAGUUAUCAACACAUGGACAUCACUGUCGAGUUUAACGAGAUCAUACAUUUAGUGUCUGGACCUGUUUAAACCAUCUUUCUCUAUGUUCAGUAUUUUGUUUGGCUUUCAUCAUUGAGAGCAUCACAGUCAGACCUGUAUUGUAUUUGAUAACACUAUCACAACUCUGUAUUGCACUUGGUCCUGUGUGAUUGUUUCUCUGCUUGUCGGGCUAUUAGAGCUACACAAGCACCUAUAUACAAGGAGGAAAAAACUAAAUCAAGUGUCAACUGGGUAGACUGAGUGGAAAAACCAGAGGCACUCAAUAUACACUCCAUGGGCCUGCUGUACAUGUCUGUUAGUUAUUCUUAACUCAUCUUCAUUUCACUGUUUUCUAUACAGACAGUUUAAGUGCAUUUCUGAGUAGAGACUGCAUAGUAGCAAUACUAUUCAUACAGAAUGGUUAUGGUAGUGGUAUUACUGAUAUACUUAUGUAUUCACUCAUCUUAAUCCAUAGGAGACCAACAGUUGACCAGAAAACUCCAGUAAUCAUAUGGUAAUCAAGAAUGUUUGUGUUUGUGGGAGAAUGCUGGUUGGGUGUGUGUUUUGUGUAUUUGUUGUGGUCUAUACUACAAGUCUUGACCAUCUUCCGACUGAGACAUUGCAGGAUGUGUGUUUGUGAGCUGAUAAAAUACACCAUGAAGAGGAAAUUCCAGUGUUGUGAACAUGUACUUUGUAACAUUUGUUUGGUUGUAAAAUUGGUUGGUGCUUGAUGUAGACUUGCUGAAGUCUUAAUAUUCAGGUGCUUUUAUGUCACUGUAUACACAAGCCUUUCUCACACUUGGUCCUAGGUAUGUCUGCAUUGUAUGGUUUUGUGUAUUCAAACACACCUUAUAAAACUUGUUAGUUACUAAGCCAUCUUUAAGCUGACUCAGCUAUGCUGGAGAUGGAACAAAGCUAAAUUAUGCAGCAGUUGUCUUUCCAGUUAUGGGUUCAGGAGGAAAGAUUCUGGGUCCAGAUGGAUCAUUCAUGCAGAAGGUGUUGAUGAAAAUUGGAAGAGUCCAGUGUGUGUGAAGAAAUUUAGCCAAAAGUGAUUAUACAACUAAUAUGACAAUUAAUGGACUCCGACUUAUCUGCUGCUUUCUCUUGGCUUUCAUUCCAUUUUUUUUUUUAGCUUAAAUAACCUUUUAGUCUAAGCAGUUAAAGUCAUCAUUAGGGUUGUCUGUUGAACAACUGAUGCUGUUGAGUGCAAAUUUGCAUAGCUUUAGGACAAAAUGAAGAAAAAAAGGAAUGAAGUGAAAAACUGAAUAUGGUCUCAGUUCAGAAUUUUGCAGUUCUCUUUCUGAAUGUGAAGAUAAUAUUAAAAAAAAAAAAAAACACCUCUGUACCCACCGCCUUUAGAACUACCUCCAAUCUCUUGUAUCCUCUAACAGGCUUUUGGAUUGCCUUAGUUGUAAUAUUUACCCCACCACUCUUCCUGUCAUUUCUAUUCUAACUUUGUCAGUUUGACUGGCUAAUCUUUCCUCGUUCUUCUUGAUACAUCUAUUAUAAACUCUGUCAGAUACUGCCUUCUUCAGAUCAGGUGUGUACACUGUGAGGAUCAUGACAAAAUGUAGACUUAUUGCCUUUAGUUCUUUUCAGGUUUUCUGUUGAUUGUUGUCUUGUUGUAGGAUACACUCACAUUUUUUAUUUUUUUGCACUUGACUAUGUCAUUUUCUACAUUAUGAUCGAUGUAGAAGUAAUGAACCAGCAAUGCAUCUGUCCAGUGUGUCCGUGUAUUUGUAAAUGUCUAAUUAUUUGAUUGUGUGGGUGCCAAGGUUAGUUUGCUCUGUGACAGUUGUAUAUUUUUGUGUAUGCACGUGCUCGAUGCACGAACAGACUUAACUAAACAGUCAUUAACUGUUUAACCAAUCUUAAUGUAUUGUAGACAUACAUGACCAAUUAUAUUUUGCCUUGUAAUGUAACUAAAAUGAUGACUAUUCUUGUAUUAAAAUGGUAGAUAUGCCA